AUGGAUAUUUGUGACUUGCCCGAAAAGGCUGGUUGUGUUAUAAAUAAUGGAAAUCCAGGAAACAAUAGCGAAAAUGGUAAAGAAGGUGAAGAAAUCGGCAACGAUAUUGUUUUUGAUGGUGAAAAUGAAAGCAUUUAUGAAGGAGUUGGAAAUUUUGUAACAAAUAUAAGUGGUGAUAUUCAAAAUGGAGGUGGAAUAGUUGAAGCUAUAGGCUUAGGACAACGCAGUGGCAAAAGAUCCUUGUUACCGAAUGGUUGUCCGUCUUAUCAUAUACACUACCUUCUUCCUCAUGAAAACGACUGCACAAAAUUCUAUUACUGUGUUUAUGGAGAAAAAGUUUUGAGGCAAUGUGCCCUAGGAUUACAUUUUAAUCCUACCACUGAGAAUUGCGAUUGGCCCCAAGAUGCAAAAUGUACUCUAACUGGAAGUGAAGGUUCAAAUGGAAACGAUAAUUACGGUAAUAACGAAGACACCAGUAUGAAACUAGAAAUCGGUAGUGAUAAUACAGCCUGGCUAGAGAAUGGUUGCCCUGCUAGUAUUCACAUCCACCAUCUUCUUUCACACGAGAACGACUGUACGAAGUUCUAUUACUGUGUACGAGGAGAAAAAGUUAUGAGAGAAUGCGCUCCAGGAACUCAUUUUAACCCUAUCUUGCAGGUCUGUGACUGGCCACAAAAUGCCGGGUGUACUUCAAAUGGCGGAGGAAGCGGAGGGGAUAAUGGUGGGGGAGGAACAAACUGGUUACCAAAUGGUUGUCCCGCCAAUAUUCAUAUUCACCACCUUCUUCCACACGAAAGUGAUUGUACGAAGUUUUAUCACUGUGUACAUGGGCAAAAAGUUAUGAGAGAUUGCGCACCAGGAACACAUUUUAAUCCUACUUUGCAGGUUUGUGACUGGCCCCGAAAUGCUGCAUGUAUUUCAAAUAUAGGAAAUGGUGGCAAUGGAGGUGGCGAGGGAGGGAAUAUCGGCUCUGACGGCGGUAAUGGAGGGGAAAAUGAAGGAUCAGGAAGUAAUAACGGAGGAUCAGUAGGUGGUAAUGGUGAGGGAGAAACAACAUGGCUACCGAACGGAUGUCCCGCCAAUAUUCAUAUCCACCACCUUCUUCCUCACGAGAGCGACUGUACGAAGUUCUAUUACUGUGUUCGUGGAGAAAAAGUUAUGAGAGAAUGCGCUCCAGGAACUCAUUUCAAUCCAUUCUUGCAGGUCUGCGAUUGGCCUCAAAAUGCUGGGUGUACUGUUAAUGGAGGAAAUGGUGGCAAUGGCGAUAGUGGUAAUGGAGGAGAUAACGGAGGAUCAGGGGGUGGCAAUGACGGAGGAAGUAGUGGAGGAGAAAACGGAGGAUCAGGGGGUGGCAAUGGUGCAGGUGGUAACGGGGAAGGUAAUGGCGGAGGAGGAAUUACCUGGCUACCGAAUGGCUGUCCAAAUAUUCAUAUUCACCAUCUUCUUCCUCACGAGAGUGACUGCACAAAGUUCUACUACUGUGUUUAUGGACAAAAGGUUAUGAGGGAAUGUGCUCCUGGAACCCAUUUUAAUCCUUCUUUGCAGGUCUGCGAUUGGCCUAAAAAUGCCGGUUGCAGUUCAAAUGGUGGAAAUGGUGGCGGUGGAGGCAGUGGAGGAGAGAAUGGUGGAUCUGAAGGUGGGAACGGAGGAUCAGGAAGUGGUGAUGGAGGAGAAAAUGGAGGAUCUGGAGGUAGUAAUAGCGGGGGAGGAACAAACUGGCUACCGAACGGAUGCCCAUCAAAUAUUCAUAUCCACCACCUUCUUCCUCACGAAAAUGACUGUACAAAGUUUUAUUACUGUGUUCGUGGCGAAAAAGUUAUGAGGGAAUGCCCUUCUGGAACACAUUUUAACCCAACCGUGCAGGUCUGCGAUUGGCCUCAAAAUGCUGGAUGUACUGCAAAUAAAGAUGACGAUAAAGAAGGAGAGAAUGGAAAUGGCGAUGGAGGUAGCGAUAGCGGAUCAGAAGGUGGUAAUAAUAGUGGUGAUAACGGUGGAUCAGAAGGCGAUAAUAAUGGUGGUGAUAACGGCGGAUCAGAAGACGGUAAUAAUGGUGGCGAUAACGGUGGAUCAGAUGGUGGUAAUAAUGGUGGUGAAAACGGAGGAACAACAUGGUUACCAAAUGGUUGCCCCGCUGAUAUUCACAUUCAUCACCUUCUUCCUCACGAGAGCGAUUGCGCCAAGUUCUAUCACUGUGUACAUGGCGAAAAAGUUUUGAGAGACUGCGCACCGGGAACACAUUUCAACCCCAUACUACAGGUUUGUGAUUGGCCGGAUAAAGCUGGUUGCGAUAAAAAUGGAGCUGAUGAUAAACCUAAACCAAAUCCGAACGGCAACAAAUGUGAAAGCGGUUGUAAUAUUCUUCCGUGGGCACAUGAAACUGAAUGCUCCAAGUUUUGGGUCUGUGACGGCACUAAGCCUGUUUUAGGAACUUGCUCCGAAGGACUUCAUUUUAACCCUCAAACAUAUACAUGUGACUUUAUCUGCAAUGUACCUUGUACUAGAAAGAAUGUAAUGUCCUCCGUUCAGCCAGACGGUCUUAAAAUCUUCCUGCCAUGGAAUAAGGUUGAUCCUGAUUUCAUUAAACGGUAUUUAAAGAAGAGAAAACUAAUUUUCCUGGCUGCCCUGGCGUUAGCGCAGAGCAGACCACCAGGAGGAGAAUGGUACGAUGCGGAUGAGAAAUCUGUUAUCAUCUCAGACAAUUGCCCCGAUGCGAAAGAGCAUUUUCUAUUACCACAUGAAUACGACUGUACAAAGUUCUACUACUGUGAAUACGGUGUAAAAUGGACAACCCCUAGAAAUUGCGCACCCGGCACGCAUUUCUCUUUCGAACAACAGGUUUGCAUUCAUCCUAUAUUGGCAAACUGCACACUACCGGGAAGUUCUACCGUGAGUGUAGAUACUACUGCCACAGUUCCUAUUACGACAACUACAACUACAACAUCAGCGGCGCCAACAACCAUUUCAACCACAAAGACCACAACUCCGGCGUCAACAACUACUACUACAACUCCAGAGCCUACAACAACAACAACAACAACAAGCACUACAACAACGACUGAAGCUCCAACUACAACCACAACGACUCAAGAUCCAACUACAACUACAACGACUCAAGCUCCCACAACGACUCAAGAUCCAAGUACAACUACAACGACCCAAGCUCCCACAACGACUCAAGAUCCAACUACAACAACAACGACUCAAGCUCCCACAACGACUCAAGAUCCAACUACAACAACAACGACUCAGGCUCCCACAACGACUCAAGAUCCAACUACAACGACUCAAGCUCCCACAACGACUCAAGAUCCAACUUCAACUACAACGACUCAAGCUCCAACUACAACUACAACGACUUUAGCUCCAACUACAACUACAACGACUCAAGCUCCCACAACUACUCAAGAUCCAACUACAACUACAACGACCCAAGCUCCUACUACAACUACAACGACUCAAGAUCCAACUACAACUACAACGACUCAAGCUCCAACUACAACUACAACGACUCAAGCUCCAACUACAACUACAACGACUCAAGCUCCCACGACUCAAGCUCCAACUACAACUACAACGACUCUAGCUCCAACUACAACUACAACGACUCAAGCUCCCACAACGACUCAAGAUCCAACUACAACUACAACGACUCAUGCUCCCACAACGACCCAAGCUCCUACUACAACUACAACGACUCAAGCUCCUACAACGACUCAAGAUCCAACUACAACUACAACUACAACUACAACGACUCAAGAUCCAACUACAACUACAACGACUCAAGCUCCCACAACGACUCAAGAUCCAACUACAACUACAACGACUCAAGCUCCAACCACAACUACAACGACUCUAGCUCCAACUACAACUACAACGACUCAAUCUCCAACUACAACUACAACGACUCUAGCUCCAACUACAACUACAACGACUCAAGCUCCCACAACGACUCAAGAUCCAACUACAACUACAACGACUCAAGCUCCCUCAACGACUCAAGAUCCAACUACAACUACAACGACUCAAGCUCCCACAACGACUCAAGCUCCAACUACAACUACAACGACUCAAGCUCCAACUACAACUACAACGACUCUAGCUCCAACUACAACUACAACGACUCAAGCUCCCACAACGACUCAAGAUCCAACUACAACUACAACGACUCAAGCUCCCUCAACGACUACAACGACGCAGGCAUCAACUACAACUACCACGACUCAAGCUCCAACAACUACGACUACAACCCUUUCAUCAACAACAACAACUACACCAUCAACUCCGGAUUUGUUAGAAAAUGGAUGUCCCGCUGAUUUUCAUAUUCACAAAUUGCUGCCGCACGAGACAGAGUGCGACAAAUUCUACUACUGCGUGCACGGACAAAAGGUACAGAGAAGAUGCGCUCCUGGCACGUACUUCAGUUUCAAAGAACAAGUUUGUGUUUUCCCUUGGGAUUCCGAAUGCGUCAACAACGGUGGAGGAGGUGGUGGGGGAGGCGGAGGCGGAGGCGGAGGUGGAGGCGGAGGUGGUGGCGGAGGAGGUACCACUCUGCCAAACGGUUGUCCGGCUGAUUUUGACAUUCAUCAACUUCUUCCGCAUGAGAAUAAUUGUAGCAAGUUCUACUACUGCGUAUAUGGAGAAAAAGAAGAAAGGGAAUGUCCCCCUGAUACACAUUUUAACCCUGUGUUACAGGUAUGUGACUGGCCGGAGGACGCUGGCUGCAUUACAGGAGGUGGAGGAAACUUGUUACCAAACGGCUGCCCCGCCGACUUCGAUAUCCACCAGCUGUUACCUCAUGAUAAUUGCAGUAAAUUUUACUACUGCGUACACGGCGAAAAAGUAGAGAGAGAUUGUGCUCCUGGAACACAUUUCAAUCCCGUUGCACAGGUGUGUGACUGGCCCCACGCAGCGGGUUGUGUUGGCAGCGGAGGAGGUGGAGGCGGAGGAGGUGGAGGCGGAGGAGGUGGAGGCGGAGGAAGUGGAGGUGGAGGCGGAGGAGUGAAUGCGGAGAUGGAGGAGGCGCUGGAUGCGGAGGCGGUGAUGGCGGAGGCGGAGGAAAUGGAGGCGGAGGAAGUGGAGGUGGAGGAGGUGAUGGCGAUGGCGGUGGAGAUGGAGGAGGCGGCGGAGGAGGCGGAGGAGGCGGAGGAGAUGGAGAUGGAGGAGAAGGAGGAGGCGGUGGUGAAGGAGGCAUAG